AUGGAGGACAAGGCCGAGGAUGAGGUGGAUGCGUUUACGGUACAGCUCAGCGGCUCGACACCCUUUAAGAAAGAUAUGGGUUGGUUAAGCAUCCUGGCUGCAGGAUUCAACGUCAACAAUAGCUGGUUGGUCAUUGCAGCGACCAUGAGCAUUUCCCUAUCCUACGGUCCGAUGAACACCGUAUGGGGUCUCCUCGCUAUUACCCCCAUCUACUUUUGCAUUGCCCUGACGCUCGCGGAAUUGGUCUCGGCUUAUCCUACUACUGGUGGUCAAUACCAUUGGGCCUAUUUAAUGGCACCUUCUAAGAUCAACAAACCUGUAAGCUACUACUGCGGCUUCGUCAGUUGGCUCUCCUGGAUAGGGAUGAGCUCCUCAAGUGCUAGUGCUGUAAUAUUCUGCGUUUACGCCCUGAUAAUGAAUGCCAACCCGUCAUUCGCGCCAAAGGGAUGGCAUUCAUUCUUAAUAUUUCAGGCCAACAACUUAUUGAGCCUCUUGGCCAAUAUUUUUGGAAAGAAACUUCUGCCGAAAUACUACUCCUUUGGUUUCAUCUUCAGUGUGUCUGCCUUCUUAGGCUUCACGAUUGCCACUUUGGCAAUGCAGAAGACCAAGCAAGAUUCAGAAACUGUUUGGACAACGGUCACCGAGUUAUCCGGGUGGCCAGCUGGCAUGCAGUUUCUAAUUGCCCUCACAGCUCCCGUUGUGGCAUUUUGUCCUAUUGACGGCGCCAUACACCUUGUAGAAGAGGUAAAGAACGCGGGAAAAGUGGUCCCACGGACGAUUUUAACUGCUCUUACCAUAUCAUUUGUGACCUCCUUGGCGUUUAUCCUAGCGAUGCUUUAUUGCAUCUCUGACUUUGAUGCCGUCUUGGCAUCCCCCUCUGGAUUUCCCCUCUUUGAGCUCUGGUCACAAGCUUCCUCUACCACCACUGUUCCGAUCGUUUUCACCAGCAUCACCAUGUUCCUUCUACCUGUCGGCACAAUCGCCUGUACUCAAGUAGCUUCCAUGAUGACAUGGUGCCUUUCGCAAGACAAAGGCCUGCCAUUUGAUCGGUAUCUCACUAAAACCAAUAAAGAACUCAACGCUCCUAUUUGGGCGCUGGUAGUCAACGCAUCCAUCAUGUUCCUCAUUGGAUGUCUCUACUUAUUCUCAUCACUUGCAUUCAACUCCAUUAUUGGAGUAACUGUUAUCUUCCAGCAAAUCACCAUGGCUAUCCCAACAGUAUUUCUUCUCUACUAUAAACGUUCCUCGGCCGUUCUUCCCACGGGUCGAACUUUCAAAGUUCCGUCAUUGAUGGGUUGGAUUGCUAAUAUUGUCACUGUUUUAUUUGCCACCCUUGCUGUGCCCGUGUUUCUCUUCCCCGCUGUUAGAAACCCGACUGUUACCACUAUGAACUAUGGCAUUGUGGUUGUCGCGGGAGCCUUUAUGCUCGCUGUUGUAAACUGGUUCUUGUUUGCUAGAACUCGCUUUUUAGGUCCUAUACUGGCUAGCUUCAGUGACUAUUAA